UUAAAAUUGUGAAAUCUAUCAAAUAUAAGGAGGAGUACCUGUAUAAGUAAUUGAAUAAAAGCUUAUGUAUCCACUUGGUUUUUAACAGAUCCUAACAUUUUUCCAUAUGUGUUCAGACCUUUUUCUAAGAAUUAUGGUUAAAAACCCACAACAUAAAAUUUACAGUCGUAACCAUUUUCAAGUGUAGGGUACAGUAGUGUUAACUAUAUGGACAUUGUUGUGUGAUAGAUCUCUAGAACUUUUUCAUCUUGCAAAACUGAAACUAUACUCAUCAAACAACUCCCCUAGUACUUGUAACUACCAUUCUACUUUCUAAUUCUAAGAGUUUGACUACUUUAGAUAGCUCAUAUAAGUGGAAUCAUGCAGUAUUUGUCUUUUUUUGACUGGCUUAUUUCACUUAGAAUAAUGUCCUCAGAGUUCAUCCAUGUUGUAACAUAUGACAGUAUUUCCUUCUUUUUUAAGACUAAUAUUCCAUUGUGUAUAUAUAAAUUGCAUUUUCUUUAUCCAUUCAUCCGUUGAUGGACAUUUAGGUUGCUUCCACCUCUUGGCUAUUGUGAAUAAUGCUGCAGUGAAGAGGUGUGCAAAUCUCUCUUUGAGAUUCUGUUUUUAAUCCUUUUGGAUAUGUACCCAGAAGUGGAAUUGCUAGAUCAUAUGGUAAUUCUAUUUGUAAUUUUUUGAGGAAUCUCCAUACUGUUUUUGUUUUAUUUUUAUUUAUUUAUUUGGCCGUGCCACGCAGCUUGCAGGAUCUUAGUUCCCGGACCAGGGAUCAAACCUGGGCCCCCUGCAGUAGAAGUGCAGAGUCUUAACCACUUAGCCAGGGAAGUCCCAAUAGUGGGCAUUCUAACAGGUGUGAGGUGAUAUCUCAUUAUGGUUUUGAUUUGCAUUUCCUUGACAGUUAGUUAUAUUGAGCAUAUUUUCAUAUGUUUGUUUGGCAUUUGUUUAUCUUCCUUGGAGAAAUUUCUAUUCAAGUCCUUUGUCCAAUUUUUAAUUGGGUUAUUAGUUUUUUGAUGUUGUGUUGUAGAAUUUCUUUAUAUAUUCUGGAUAUAACAUUUGCUAAAUUUCGUAAGUGUGUUUUUUUCUCUUAUGCUAAUAUCCAUCAUCAUCUUCCAGAAAGGCAGGAACUUUAUUUAUUACACAGAUGUCUUCAUUUGAGAUUCCUGUUGUGUCCCCAUGACAGCCUCCGCUGUGUCUGAUUUUGGCCCAUGAUUCAUUAUUAAAGCACAGGAAGCUGACUACCUUUUGCAAGGUGGCCCUUUCUAAAGGUGUCACGUGUAUCUUACAUACUUAUUUUCACACAACCUGAAAAUGUUGGUGCCAGAAAUAAUCAAGACAUGAUGGUGGAUAUGGUAUGAGCAACUAUAGAGUGUUUGAUCUCUAGCUUAUUUAUUUCAUCUAUUCAUUAUCAUAUUUUCCCUAGUUGAUCAUUUUCUAACAAAGGGCAUUAAUUGUAUCACAGAGCCUUUUUGAGAAUAAGACGGGCUGUGUACCUGCCAUCACUUAUUAUCUCUGGUAAUUGUAGUGCCCAUAUGAUCUCUUCUGAUUCCUUCACCACCCCAUGUAUUUGCCAGCAGUUUGUGUCCAGGAAUCAGCUGUCUCUUCAAGAUGUUUCAGUUAGUGUAGAUUUUUUUCCCUUAGGAUAGAUACUAUAGGUCCUGAAGCCUUCCUAAAGAAAGUUAACACUUGACCAGCUUUCAGACAAGAAAUAACUUUUAUUUAUUGCAGAUAUAUCAGUUACCUGUUGAUGUAGUUAUUUGGAGAUUUAUAGAUAAUUCAAUGAAAAGGACAAAUGCUUGAAUUAUGGUCAAACCAUAGGCAUUUCUUAACAUCAUGACCCAAAUUAACUUGUAAUCUGCCUUUUUCAAAAUUCGUCUUCUAGACGAAUGCUGUAAAAAUCAUAGAGUGCUUUCUACAUUUUUAUAGGUGUUUUCCCUUCCAUUUCCUUGUCUUAUUUCUGUUAUAUAGUGGCAGUACUUGUUCUGAAAAUUAGCCUGUCCCAAUCCUGUACUCAUCAGGGGGCUUAACAGCAGAGUACCAGUUUUACUUUGAGGCUUCUCUGUUAGCCCUUAGAUGUAGCAAGGAAGUAUUGAAGUUUCAGUCUGCUUUAUGAACAGUUAUAGAUUAGAAAUAUUUCAGGAAUCCCUGAAAAGUCAGCCCGUGAUUGACUUUUAUCACAGCACUGAUACCUUUCAGCGUCUAAACCAUAGUCCCUGGCUUUAAUCCAAAGAGGGUGUAGUUUAUAGUGUUUAUAAAACAAAAAUCUUCAAGUAGUCCUAACAUAAAUAUAAUUGCAAAUUAUUACUACUAUCUGCAUAUUGCUCUUUUAAAUAUUGACACUGAAAUCAGAUCUUUAGACCUGGAAAGGUCCUCAAGAGAUGCUCUGGUAUCCAGUUCCCUGGCUCAAGGCAGCUAAAUUAUCCCAACUCAUGUUUGAGACAACUCAAGGCCUACAGAGGUAGAAAAUGUUGUUAGCCCAGAUAAAUCGAGAUUCUCAGGGAAUGACAGAGUUUCCUGGAGGAGGAAUGGAGGCUCAGCAUGUUACCUUGUGCCUGACAGAGGCAGUAACUGUGGCAGAUGGUGACAAUUUAGAAAAUAUGGAAGGUGUAAGCCUGCAAGCAGUAACACUUGCAGAUGGUUCUACUGCUUAUAUACAACACAAUUCUAAAGAUGGGAAACUCAUAGAUGGUCAGGUCAUUCAGUUGGAGGAUGGUUCUGCUGCCUAUGUUCAACAUGUACCCAUACCUAAAAGUACAGGGGACAGUUUGCGUUUAGAGGAUGGGCAAGCAGUGCAGUUAGAAGAUGGAACUACAGCAUUUAUUCACCAUACCUCCAAAGAUAGUUAUGACCAGAGUGCAUUACAGGCAGUUCAGCUGGAAGACGGCACCACAGCUUACAUCCACCAUGCAGUGCAAGUCCCACAGUCUGACACCAUCUUGGCAAUUCAGGCUGAUGGGACAGUGGCAGGUCUACACACUGGGGAUGCCACGAUCGAUCCCGACACCAUCAGUGCUUUGGAACAGUAUGCAGCAAAGGUGUCCAUUGAUGGAAGUGAAAGCGUAACAGGUUCAGGAAUGAUUGGAGAAAAUGAGCAAGAGAAAAAAAUGCAGAUUGUCUUACAAGGACAUGCAACAAGAGUAACUGCUAAGUCUCAACAGAGUGGAGAGAAGGCCUUUCGUUGUGGCUAUGACGGAUGUGGAAAAUUAUAUACAACAGCUCAUCAUCUUAAGGUGCAUGAGCGAUCACACACAGGAGACCGGCCUUAUCAGUGUGAGCAUGCAGGCUGUGGGAAAGCAUUUGCAACAGGUUAUGGAUUAAAAAGUCAUGUCAGAACUCAUACAGGAGAAAAGCCAUAUCGGUGUUCAGAAGAUAAUUGUACUAAAUCUUUCAAAACUUCAGGAGAUCUACAAAAACAUAUCAGAACUCAUACAGGAGAAAGGCCCUUUAAAUGUCACUUUGAAGGCUGUGGUCGGUCUUUCACAACAUCGAAUAUCAGAAAAGUGCAUAUUAGGACACACACAGGAGAAAGACCUUAUUACUGCACAGAACCAGGAUGUGGGAGGGCAUUUGCCAGUGCAACCAAUUAUAAAAACCAUGUGAGGAUACACACAGGGGAAAAGCCAUAUGUUUGUACAGUCCCUGGGUGUGACAAAAGGUUCACAGAAUAUUCCAGUUUGUACAAACAUCAUGUUGUUCACACUCACUCCAAACCGUACAACUGUAACCACUGUGGGAAGACAUACAAGCAGAUCUCCACGCUGGCCAUGCACAAACGGACAGCUCACAAUGACACUGAGCCCAUCGAGGAGGAGCAGGAAGCCUUCUUUGAGCCUCCCCCAGGUCAAAGUGAAGAUGUUCUUAAAGGGUCCCAGAUCACGUAUGUUACAGGUGUAGAAGGGGACGAUGUUGUGUCUACACAAGUAGCCACAGUAACCCAGUCUGGGUUGAGUCAACAGGUUACACUCAUAUCCCAGGACGGGACUCAGCAUGUGAACAUAUCUCAAGCUGACAUGCAGGCCAUUGGCAAUACCAUCACAAUGGUAACACAGGACGGAACGCCCAUCACAGUACCUGCUCAUGAUGCAGUCAUCUCCUCAGCAGGAACACACUCUGUUGCUAUGGUUACCGCUGAGGGUACAGAAGGGCAGCAGGUUGCAAUUGUGGCUCAGGACUUGGCAGCAUUCCAUACUGCAUCAUCAGAAAUGGGGCACCAACAGCAUAGCCAUCACUUAGUAACCACAGAAACCAGACCUUUGACCUUAGUGGCAACAUCCAACGGCACCCAGAUUGCAGUUCAGCUUGGAGAACAGCCAUCUCUGGAAGAAGCCAUCAGAAUAGCAUCCAGGAUCCAACAAGGAGAAACGCCAGGGUUGGAUGAUUAAUCCUCAGAACAAUGGAGCAAUAAAGGAAGAGGAGCCUAUCAUCUUCAGGCAGCAGAGAUCCAUGAAGCCCGGGCCCAGGAAAAUUAGAAAUUUUUCAUUCCUGAAACACUGUACACAUUUUUAUGCAAGAGUGGAGAACAAUUUAUUCUUGACACUUUUGUGUAUAUAACCCUUGGAAAAGAUUUCCCAAACUGAUUCAUUGUGUACAAGGAAGUAUGAAGUUAGGGUAAUACAGUAAAUUUUUAUGUUACUCUUUUAUCAGAUUGCAAAAUCCCAGAGUCUACAUGCAAGACCAGUGAAGUCUUAUGGAGACUUAUGAUGGAUUUUUAACUUACUGUGAAAAAUGAAAGGCUGUAUCUAAAAUGUCAAAGGUUCUAUACAUCAAACAAUCAUAAUUCCAAAAGCCAUCAUGGAUAAUAAAGGAUGUAAAGCCUUCACAUAUUUCCCUCAGCUAGUAGAGUGUCUGCAGUUUUUGUUCUACUGUAUACUUGUCCAUUUUUAUUUGUAUCUUACGGUUUGAAGACUAUUCAUUAUAGUUUUCCAUCCCUGUUAACUAACAGCUCUUCAAGCUGAAGUGCUAAUUGUAUUAGCAUUACAUUGGAUUAUAUAUAAAAUUACAAAGUUUGGUUAUUUAAAAUUAAAAAGUUAAAUCCAGUACUUUGGUUUUGUUAAAAGAUUUUCCUUAGCGUUCAGUUUCUUGUUACUGUUUUUUAAAAAUAAUAAACUAUCAAAGUUUGACCACAGGCUGGAGCCCGGGAUAAUAGUGCUGUAAUUGGAAAUGGCUUUACUCUGAAAAUUAGGUUAGUGGGUUGGUGUAAAUUAUUUAUUUUUGCUUAUGUACUUUUGUUUUAAAGCUUAUUUACCCUAAAGUUUAUUAUUAAUUUUGAAUACAGCAAUUUUUUAAAUGUUACCUUUAUAUUUGUUUCAUUAAAUUGGUAUGGAGGUGGGGGGAAGUGUAGAAAAUAUCACGAACAUAAUAAAAUACAACACAUAUAUUGAGAGUAUAUUGUGUAUCAAGCACAAAAUAAGUACUUUUCCAUACAUUUUUAUCUACUCAUAACAAUUUUGUGAGCUAUGUGGGAUUUACUACUCCUGUUUGUACAUAGGAAGCUGAAGGUCCAAAGAGGUUAAGUGUCUACCCAGGCCUUACAGCUGUGGUGAGGCAGGGCAAAGACUUAAGAAUCCAGACUUUCUGACUCCCAAGUCCAGGGUGUUUUUUCACCACACCACAACUGCCUUCUCAGAUGAUAACCUGUGGCAGAGAUUUUCAAGAUGAGCUUUG